AUGCAUUUCAAAAAGAGUUCAUCACAGUCCACCCUGUACAAGGUGCCCCUUGUUGGAUUUUACAUCAAUUUUGUCUUUGCCUUUUGCGCCUGGAUUGUAUUGUUUAUUGCUACCGCUAUUAGCCAACAUGAUCUCAAUUCUAGAAUUGUGCCUACUUACAGCUAUCAUAUAGCUCGUGGUAAGAUUUUUAGUUUUGUGUGGUGGGCAAUUUUCUACCAGCUUUUCGUUUUUGGUAUCGCCCUUGUUCAAAGCUUUAGUGUUAUGGGAGAAAGCUGGAUGUUUUUUUGCAACUCUCAUUUGUGCAACAGCUUGACCAUUGUUGCUUUAAUUCAGGCCAUUCUUGUUACUGAUCGGUUUAUUUUUUCCAUUUUCAACUCGGAAAUCGCAGUUGGGGUCGGGGCUCUCUUGAUUGCUAUUGCUAAUUUCUUGUGGCUUUGGUACUUCUCCAAGUUUCAAUCCAUUUGUGCCACUUGUGAGCAUGAUCGGGUGUUGGAUCGUGAAAAGUCAGUGGGUACUGCUGUCGCUACUAAUGCUGCUGGUGCAGAGGCCACUGCUAAUGCCCCACAUGAAGGCUACAAUUACAAUGUUGCUCAAAAUGAGCGGACUGGCGGUGAUGCUAUGAUGACCGGCGAUGCUAAUAAGUUUAACACCAGACCUUCCGUUAGUGACACUCAGCACAGUCAAACUACUGCCGCUGCGCCAGAAGCUCCUGCUCCUGUUUUAAAUACCAACCAUUAA